UUAAUUCACAAUUCCCAGUUACAAAUACGGAAUUCUACCAACAAACUUAACACACGUGACGUAAACGAAUGCGCGCGCACCUUAGGUUGGCAAUGCGGAUAAAUGCUGCCAACCUAGGAAAAAUAUAAACAAAAUCGUGUACAAUUAACAGUUGAAUGAUAGAUGGUGAUGGUGUUGUUUUCGACGACGAAAUGUUAAUGGCCAACGGUACAAUUGUCGCGCUCCAACAUUGUCGUCUGUGUUUUGGCACCGGCGAGUCCAACCGUCUCACAGAUCACCUGAAGUCGGUGAUUAAAAAACGGCUGCCAGGAACCCUUUUAGACAUAACAGACGAAAGCCCCACAAUAUGUCGUGGAUGCCUGAACAAUCUAAUCAAUCUCGACGAAUACUUGUGCAUGAUCGAGGAGAAACACAAAAAGCUCCUCCUGUAUUGGAUGGUCAAAAAAUCCAACAAAAUGAAGGUAUCCCUUCAUAAUUUCCUCAACGACGCCAACUUUCACAUGAAUUACGACCAAGUCAGUGAAAACCACCUUCGUACUUUUCCAGAGAGGUUGUACAUCUUAAGAAACGGUAUUUACUUCCCCUUCGACGUGGAGCUGAACAUGAGCGACGAAAAACGGCCGAAGACCACUCAGAUCACCAAGUUCUUGACCACACAUGCCGACGGACCUUUAAUUCCCGCGGAGAAGACCGCCUGUAAUCUACCCGAAUUUUUGUUGAUGCCCUCGCAACCAUUAAAUAACCUUCACAAGACGUCGACGCAAGCACCAGUGCCUUGUCCCCCUUUAGCUGUCCCUCCCUUUUUACUGCACCUGUCAGUGGUGAAAGGCGGGAACUCUUCAGCAGUUCCCCCUACGAAUUCUCUACCACCACCUCCAGCUGCCCAGAGCGAGUCACCCGUUAGUACCGAAGGUGUUAAAGUGAAAAAAGAAAUCAUCACAGACGCACCAGAAGCCUCAGAAGCCCCAGAAUCUCCAGAGCCCCCGGAAGUUCCAGAAGUAGAACUCAAGUUUGAAGUUGAGGAUAACGAGCUACCGCCCCUUGAGGAGCAAGACAUGGAGUCCCUAAUUAACAGCAUACCCGAGAUAGAAAUACAAGCGGACACGCCAGAUUACGUGCACAUUAACAAAUUUGGACCUGAGGAACUGAAGACCCUCCAACAAAACAUCAACGGCACCCCGUCCAAGCCGCUGGAAACGCAGAUCAACAGCAUGAUCGACGACAUCAUCAGCAAGAACGAGAAGGUGGUCCGGUACCCGAAGGACCAGAACAAAACGACGGACACCCUCCAUAUACCCACCGAAAGUCAGAAUUACAUAAUGUACGACGAGGACGAGUUGCCGUGUAAGCGUAAGGCCAAUGUGAUCGUUGAAGAGGAGGAGGACGAGAACGGGAGGCUGGUACCGAAGAAGCUGCCGGCCCCGAAGGUGCCGGCCAAGCUGGUGUAUCAGAAGAAAAUCGGAAUGGAGUUCCUCAAUCGGCUGCAGAAGCUCGAUAAGGUGACCACCACGCCCAAAGACAAUUGUGAUAAUGAGGUGGCCAAAAAAGUGGUUAUUAGAAAACGUAAGGUGGAAAAAACUCAGGGGAACGCCAAGAGAGGUCCCAAACUGAAAAAGUUGUCAAUGAAAACAACAUUGGAAAAAUUGACUUUGCCAUUUGAUGAAGAAAUAAAACCAGUACCUGAAAAAAGAAAACGUGGGCGACCCAAAUUACCAGUCAAGGUGUUUUUGCCAGUCAAAAAAGUACGUACCGAACCCAAAUUUAAAAUGACUCCAGCACACAUGAAUGAAGUCGACCCCCUGGACAUUGGGCAGAAAGAGGGUGAUCAAACAUUUCGGAUAGAAAACGUGUGUUCAGUCGACGAAACAAAUGACGAAACAGCAUUACCCAAAAUCUUAUCAGUGUGCAGCGUAACUGAGGAUGAAAUAGAAUCAACUACAGGUAGUGCAAGCAUAAAACACACAAGUUUAAGCUGUGAUGAAGACAAAGGUGACAAUUAAAGGGCAACACAAAACUGACUGGACCAAUUAAUUAAAAGUAACACAGAAACUCUGUGCAAAGUUAGAAGUCAUUCAAGAUGAAGGAUACAAAAGAAACUGUCGGGAUGAUUUACCAGAGAUUAAUUUUUCCUUGUAUUAUUAUAAUUUACGUCUAUUAUAAUAAAUUUAUUGUGUUUCAUAUUGCGUAAAAGUAGGAAUAGAAUUAAUCAGUUUGGAAUGAUUUUUGUUGUACAUAAUGUAUUUGUAUUUGUUGUAUUGACUAUAAUUGAGCCAAUUUUCUUAACCACACUUUGUUAUAUUAUUAAUUUUUGCAUUUUAAAAAUGUUAACAUGUUUAAAGACUGAGUCUUAUGUAAAUAUAUUUUCUAUUAUA